UUCCCAGCAGUGUUAGCGCUUCAGACAGAAUCAGAUCAUCCACCUCUGCUUGAUCUUUGGGCUCGUGCAGUGGGUGUGGCCUCCGGGUGCCACCGCCGCAGCUGAUUGGUGCUUGUGCGACUGCGUCCGCAUGGCAACCGCGAGCUGUGUACAAGAGUCCGAGCAGACAAGAGCCCUUCUCUCCCCGAAACACCGACACCGACUCCUACAGUGUGUCCUCUGUCCCUCUGUCUGUCCCUCUGACCCACAGACACACCUGGAGGCGCGGACUGCGGAGCGGCGUGGAUGCGGCGCGUCGUUGGCGCAGACUGACAGCCCGACUACAAGCUGCCGUCGCAGGUCUGUAACCAUGACGGCAGAGGAGACGAUCAACAUCAAGGAGGCCGAGGUGAUCAAGCUGAUGCUGGACUUCCUGAACUCCAGGAAGCUGCACAUCAGCAUGCUGGCCCUGGAGAAGGAGAGCGGCGUCAUUAACGGACUCUACUCUGACGACAUGCUCUUCCUCAGGCAACUGAUUCUGGAUGGCCAGUGGGAGGAGGUGAUGCAGUUCAUUCAACCUCUAGAAGGAAUGGACAAGUUUGAAAAGAAAAGGUUCCGCUAUAUCAUUCUGAAGCAGAAGUUUCUGGAAGCUCUGUGUGUAAAUAACGCCAUGUCAGCUGUUGAAGAACCUCAAAAUCUGGAGCUCACCAUGCAGGAGGCCGUCAAGUGCCUCCACAGUCUGGAGGAGUACUGCCCGUCCAAGGACGACUACAGCAAGCUGUGUCUCCUCCUCACCCUGCCCCGCCUCACCCACCACGCCGAGUUCCGAGACUGGAACCCGAGCACGGCACGCGUCCACUGCUUCGAGGAGGCCUGCGUCAUGGUUGCCGAGUUCAUCCCUGCGGACAGGAAGCUGAGCGAGGCCGGCUUCAGGGCGAGCGGAAACCGCCUCUUCCAGCUGCUCAUUAAAGGGAUCCUGUACGAGUGUUGUGUGGAGUUCUGUCAGAGUAAAGCAACUGGUGAGGAAAUCACAGAGGGUGAGGUGUUGCUCGGCGUGGAUCUGCUCUGUGGUAACGGCUGCGAUGAGCUGGAUUUGUCGCUGCUAUCCUGGCUCCAGAAUGUCUCUCCGGGCGACUUCUCGUGCGCCUUCCAGCAGAAGACCCUCAACAUCCACGUGGACCGGCUGAUGAAGCCCAGCAAGACGGGCCACGCCGACCUCCUGACUCCGCUGAUCAACCGCCUGUCUCCCUGCCCCGCCUCGCCCUUCCACCAGAGGCCCCAUUCGGCCGACACCUACAUGUCCAGAUCGCUCAACCCGGCCCUGGACGGCCUGUCCCACGGUUUGGCGGCACAGGACAAGAGGGGCAUGGAGGCCAACGUGAAGUCUGCUCUGAGCCGGAGCCUCAUGGAGAAUAAUGUGCAUCAGCAGGAUGAUUCUCCUGAGAGGAAACAACCACAGAGGCCGGACGGUCCCAACACCACACGUACGCCUCUGACUCCUGGGAAAGAUGGCGAGCCGCCCUGCAGCACGGAAACAAAUGAGGGCUGUGACUCUGAGGAGCACAUACAGGAGUUUUACAGGCACCACCUCCGUGUACAGCAACAUCUGGAGCAGAAGCAGCAGCAGAGGAAGCUAUACCAGCAGAUGCUGCUGGAGGGGGGUGUGAAGCCGCAGGACCGAGCCCAGCACAACCUCACUGAGACCUUCCUGAGCAGAUCCAUCCAAAAGUUGGAGGAGAUGAACGCGGGUAUUGACUACAAAGGAGAUGAAGUGAUGACACAUCUAGGCCAGCAGUGGAACGGACUGACGGGAAACAACGGAGCCUCCAGUCCCAGGACCGCCAACACCCGGCACACGCCCGACACAGGGCUGCCGAGGGACACACCCGGAGCUGUAAGCAGCAGCACCCCGUUAAGGACCGGGAGCCACGGCUUGCCUUCCCUCAGCGAGUCGCCAGUUCCUACCAGUCAGAGCGCUGAGAGGAUCAGAGCGCCUUGUUCCACUUUGCAAGAAGAAUCAGGAGGUUCUGCAACACGUAACACUCAAGAGGGGGGGAAAUCCAAAACACAGUUUGUGAAAGUGAACCAGCUAGAGGACACACAGGCAGUACGUGCAGUGGCCUUCCACCCCUCGGGGGCGCUCUACGCUGUUGGCUCCAACUCAAAAACCCUGCGAGUCUGUGCCUACCCAGACACCCUUUCCACCAGUCCUGGUGCAGUAAAGCAGCCGGUUGUGCGAUUCAGGAGGAACAAACACCACAAAGGCUCCAUCUACUGUGUCGCUUGGAGCCACUGUGGACAACUGCUGGCCACCGGCUCCAACGAUAAAUACGUCAAAGUCCUGCCUUUCAAUGCCGACAGCUGCAAUGCCACAGGCCCGGACCUGGAGUUCAGCAUGCACGACGGCACCAUCAGGGACCUGGCCUUCAUGGAGGGCCCAGAGAGCGGAGGAUCCAUUCUGAUGAGUGCCGGAGCUGGAGACUGUAACAUCUACACCACCGACUGUCAGAGAGGACAAGGCCUUCAUGCUCUGAGUGGACACACAGGUCACAUUCUGACUCUGUACACGUGGGGAGGGUGGAUGAUCGCCUCCGGCUCCCAGGACAAGACGGUGCGUUUCUGGGACCUGCGGGUGCCCAGCUGUGUCCGGGUGGUGGGAACAACGCUGCACGGCUCAGGCAGCGCGGUCGCUUCAGUGGCGGUGGAUCCGAGCGGCCGCCUGCUCGCCACUGGUCAAGAGGACAGCACCUGCAUGCUGUAUGACAUCAGAGGAGGCCGCAUAGUGCAGACGUAUCGACCCCACGGCAGCGACAUCCGCUCAGUGCGCUUCUCCCCUGGAGCCCACCAUCUUCUGACAGGUUCCUAUGACAACAAAAUCAUCAUCAGUGACCUGCAAGGGGACCUCACAAAGCCCCUCCCUCAGACAGUGGCAGGGGAACACUGGGACAAGGUGAUCCAGUGUCGGUGGCACCCCAACGAUCGAACCUUCGUCUCCUCCUCCGCAGAUCGAACUGUCAUCCUCUGGGCUCCAGGCCCCUGAGGGCGUGACAGAGACACACUGGUUAACAGCAGCAGGAGGCACAACGUUCAGCCCAGUGUGGGAUUACCUCCUGUUGCACGGUGUGUGUGUGUGUAUGUUUGUGUGUUUGUGCACGUACAUAUGCAAACACAUUGUGAGCAUCAAUCCGUAUAUAUGUUGCACAGUUUAAAGGUGUGUGUAUGUGUGUAUAUACAUUGCGUGACUGAAAUAUUUUUAAGGUGGAAAAUCCAGUCACUUAAAAAAUUACUGUGCGUGCGUGUGUGUUUUUGUUACGUGUGUGUAUGUAUACAUUGUGUGACUGAAACAUUCAGUCCCUAUUAAAAAGUGUGUGUGUGCCAUUCUGCAGAUACAGUGUAAAGUACUGUUGCAGUUUUAGUGUAAUUAAAGUUCAAGUAAAGAAGAAGCUAAGUAAAGGAGCUAAUGAUGUUUUUUGUGGGUCCAUGUGAGUUAUAAUGCUUAAAAUAUUCUGUGUGUGUGUGUGUGCAUGUGUGUGUGCGUGUGUGCACAUGUUUCUUUGUGUUUCAGAGCAUAUAGAUGAAAUGGCACUGUUGUAGUUAGAUAAGAGAGGUGACUGAUGAUGCCUGAGUUGAAAGGCAUGAAUUAGUUCACUGUGAGCACACUUUCAAGUUAGUUUAGUUGUUUCCUCUAAAUGUUCAACUUCUUAUGAAUCAGCCAUACUCAGAUCUUGACGCUCACUUCGGAAGUGACGCAGAUUGUGAAGCAGUGACCUGGACUCAUGUCGUGGAAGGAAGCCACGUUUGGUUAUGCAUAUCAUAAUGUGCCUUUUUGUAACAUUUGUAGACUGAUAGAUUUAUUUAUUUAUUUGCAGCUUUAUCCUACUUGCUCAUAUGCCUUUUCAUGUACAGAAUAUGUGUGUACAUGUGUAUAGAUUCCAGUUUUUUCACCUUCAUCUGUUGUUGUUGACAAAUUGAAAGUGAAUUAGCACUUUGCACAAAUGCUGGAAGUACAGUUUGUUCAGGUUUGGAAUAACAGCGGUGAACAAAAUACAUUUUAAAUGUGUAUCAGCCAAAUAAAUAAUUUCAAACUAAAUAAAUCAAUUGCAACGCAAGAAUACAAAGUCAGUGUUGGGAAUUGAAUCAGGCUGCACCAAAUGUCACACACUCAUAGAUAUCAGUUCCCAAAAUAUGCCUGAUUAGUUUUUUCAUCAAGAUUCAUGACUUACACGAAAAUGUUAAUAAAAACCUCACAAAGUUAAAGAAAGUGAAAAGAUUUCAACAUUAAAUUCUUCUCUCACCCGUUCCACAUCCUUCCAACAAGUGUCAUGGAAAUCCACCCAAUAAUUUUAGUGUAAUCUUUCUCACGAACAAACAAACCAAGCAACAAACAGACAGAGGUGAAAAUGAAAGGAUGUUGUGAGACUGAUGUGAAGACAUGAUGCACUUUACUGCUUCACUGCACAGAGUGAAGUAACAAAUCCAGGCACAUUUUAUUUACUUUUAAAAGUAAGAUUUUAUUUUUAUUCUCACUUUUGAGAGACUCAACACAUACGCAGAAACCUCAUGCAUGUGAGAGAGAAGAAGGCACAGCGGGGAAUCCAAGUCAUAAUGCAUCAUACUUUACAUGAUCUGUGGCUCAAUGGCAAAUUCAGCGUCCUCGUCCAACUGUGUAGUUUUCAAACAAAGUUUGUUAAAGGGUUCACUGGGCGUCAUACUGUUAAACAAAAG